GCCCGCGGGCGCUGCGGGGUGGGCGGCCGGAGCGGCGAGGCGCGGCCCGGCGCGCCGGGGCGGCCCCUGGCGGGGCAGAGCCUGAGCCCCUCUCCUGCCCCCGGAGAACUGAAGCUGGUUUCCCCGGUCCCUCUCCUGUCGGAUGGUGCCGAUCUCUCACCGCUGCCACUCUCCCUCAGAACGGGACGAGGGGAAUGUCUGACUGCCUCCACUCAGAAAGCCAUGUGGAUCCUGGGCCAAUAUAUGUCCGUGAAAAUGGGAAGCUGCAUUUGGUAAAUCAGGCUGCAGGCAGCAUACAGAAUGUCGCUCCCAAAGCGACGCCCUUCAGGCUGUUUUCCAGAGGGUUUUCCGUGGAGCUGUGUAUGAACAGGGAGGACGACAGGGCGAGGAGGCAGAGGACUGAUCAUUUCAUCUUCACCUACACAAGGGAGGGCAACCUCCGCUACUCGGCCAAGUCUCUCUUCAGCCUGGCGCUGGGUUACAUUUCUGACAAUGUUGAUCGCAUUGACUCCUUGAUUGGGUUCCCAGAGCAGAUUGCUGAAAAGCUCUUUUCAGCGGCAGAAGCAAGACAAAAGUUCACAGAACCAGUGACAGGACUGAGAGCUCUGCAGAAGUUUACCGAAGCCUACGGCAGUUUGGUGCUGUGCUCCCUGUGCUUGCGGGAUAGGUACUUGGUUGUCUCUGACAAGCUACAGGAAAUUAAGUCUUUCCGGGAGCUGACAUGUUUGGAUCUCUCCUGCUGUAAACUUGGAGAUGAACAUGAGCUGCUGGAACACCUCACCAAAGAGGCUCUGUCUAGUGUGAAGCGGCUUCUCCUGAAGGACACCUCGCUGUCGGACGCAGGCCUGCGCAGGAUGACCGCACCGGUCCGAGUGCUCAAGAGGGGGCUGGAGAACCUUCUGAUACUGGACUUGUCUUGUAACCCUAAAAUCACUGAUGGGGGAAUUGGAUACCUUCUUUCUUUCAAGAAUCUGAAUUGUUUGGACAUCACUGGGACAGGUCUGAAGGACACGGAUGCCGUCGCUCAGCGGCUCCGAACGCGGAUCGGCCUGGUUCGCUCCCAGAUGCCUCUGAAAGAGUUUGAUCACAGCACCUGCAGAACAGAGGGAUGGGCAGAGCAGACUGUUCUGCAGUGGGAGCAGGCAGCUGUGGAAGCCACCAAGCCACCGGACAACUGGAGGUCCAGCACAGCAGCCCUGCGCUUCUAUGGCAAGACACACAGAACAGAGGAAGCAGUCAAAUGCAGACCGGUGGAAGCAGAUGCAAAAGCUUCUGGAAACUUGCAGUUUUAUAAGGAGAAAGUUCAGAACUGCCACGUCCCUUUGAAAAAGGAGGUUGCAGGCAGCCAUGAAUUAAGGAACCAUAAAAAAAGAGCUUUGGCUGAACCAGAGGCGGAAAGGACUUCCAAACAGAAACAUCUGUGCCUCACAGUAGAGGACUGGGAUCUGUUAAAUGCCUACUGAGUCAGGAAGAAGCAGACCUCCUGUUUGUUGUUUUCUGGCUGAUGGCAGCCAUUGAGAGGGAGGAGAGCAGAGCUACGGCUGCGAUGUGCCUGUGGGUUAGGCUGUGCCUGGGGAGGGGCAGAGCCAAGGAGAAGGCUGAGGAUACUGCUGUGUAUUUUCCAUGCCUAAUGAUUUUCUCAAAUAAAGCUGUUGUGGUCAUCCUUG